GUGCCCCAGGGGUUUCCCGUAGAGGCGUCAACCGGCUACCUGACUCAAACGCACUGGCCACGGCUGCCCCCUCUGGCGUCGCCCCCCUGGAACCCCGGUUCUGCCCUCCCUCCAGCAACUUCUGCUGAGCUUCAUUCACGCGGGUCAACGGGCCCCGUCUCAGCUUUACCGGCACUGAGCGCGCCCCCUCAGGUCACCAUUUCAGGCGAGAGGCGAAACCAGCCGCAGGUGCUGGUGCAGCCCCCGCCUGCAAGCCGCCCAAGCAUAAGAACCCCGCCACCGGAUACAGCCCCCCCCCGUGAGAGUCGCGUUUCUCCCCCCCCGGUGCUGCCCGGUGCUGCGCCCGGCCCUCCCUCUCGCAGCACCAAGGAGGGCCCCCCAAUGGCCACCUUGGCGGGGGAUCGCUCCAGGAGGUGCAUUUUCCUGAGCCUGGUUAUGAAGGUGGACAUUCUGCCGGACCGGAUUCUGCUCAAGAGAGAGUGGAUCGAAAAACCAGAGGAUCGCGCGCACAUCAUGUUCCUGGUGGUCUGGGAGCGCCUGCACAGGAAUCCAGGUCUUCGGUGGGAGAUCAAGAAACUCUUCGUUUUCCGGACCGGCGAAGGACGGGAACGGGUCAUGUCGGCGCUGGUCAUCGAACAAAUCCAGGCGUUCAUCCAUGGCAAGCGGGCCUGUGAACUUCUGGUUGCCGUCUCCAACAUUGAAUAUUCUCCUGCUCUUUCCACGUGGAGAACGACGCUCUUGGACUUCCUCCAGCAGAUCAUGGGGCACCUGGUGGUGGGCCACGCCCCCGUCACGGCCGUCGCUUGGGGCCUGCUCUGGCCAAGCGGCGCGUUCCCCAACGAGAGCCUCGCGGAGCUCGACUCCUUUGUGAUCAUGGAGUGCAGACACUUCGUUCUGAGCGUCCACUCGUUGGGCUCGCGCGCUUUCUUCAUAAUCCUGAAUACCUUACUAGAUUACCCCCGCGCCAGCUGUCCCCCGUUCUCAAAAGUGACUGUCGUGAUCGCCAACGGGGAUCUCUCCUGGUCCAGUCUGCGGCCCGCCCUCAGCAUUGCGAUGGACCAGAUCAGAGCCGGAUUCGUGGCACAAGCGCCGCAAGAGCACCCAGAACUUGAUUGGACGGCCCGGCAAGGCUGGGCGCUGAGAAGCGCAGAGGAAUCCUUCGAGGUCGGGAUUGUGGCCGCAAACCACGAUGCGGCCUUCUGGGCCAAGGAGAAGCUCCUGGACGAGCACCGGUGCAUGACCGGACAGGUCAUGCGGACCGGCCGGAACCUGGAGGACGCCAGAAAAGCUGGAAAACCCGAUGCCUAUAGCCCUGCUGAGCUCGUGCCAAUUCUCCCGGGGAUCACGACCCUAGAGAUCACCCCUGCCUUCGCCUUCUCUGACUGGACCAUCCAUUCCAUGUACUACAACAACGCCCACCUUCUGGAAACGGUCGGGUACUUCGUCAACGGUCCAAAAGCACAAUUCUACGAGCGCACGUACACCGUCAAGGACCGCUAUGGGCAAACCUACGAGCAGGCUUUAGUGCGGCGCAGCGUGUCGUGA